CAAAGCGGCCUUGCCCUUCGGCAUCGGCUCCCAAGUCGGUCGAUCCCCCUAGUACAGAUCAGUCAUGGAGUCGGUCAUGGAGCUGGGGUGGUUGAAUUUGACACUAACCUAACAGCAGAAACCAGAGAAGCAGGCCAUAUUCUCGCCUCCCGGGGCCUGGGAAUAUGGGGGAAUGGGGGGGCGGCAUGUGUUCUUUGUUUUUCCCUCCUGUACUUAAGGAUCUUCAUCUCCGUCCCUGACUUUCCAAUCCUACCACCCUCAUUUUCUUUCUCUCUCUCCUUAUCCGCCUUUGGUCCUUUUUUCAAGAGCGAGCUUCGAACUUCAGCAAAAAAGCACCUCGAAUUUCGGGAUUUUGACCUGACCUAGAAAUAGGGUUUCAGAACGUCCUGUUCCGGGGAUUUCCUUCUCGUCCUUCCUCACAACCGUUCAGACACCAUGGCUCCCUCCACCAACGGCCAGAACGGCGCCAGCCAGCCCCAGAAGGCGGAGCGUUUCGACCCGACCUUUACCCAGCACGUCAUCGACACCAUGGGUCCCAACGUGACGCCCAGGAACCGACAGCUUUUCACCGCCCUCUUCAAGCACCUGCACGACUUUGCUAGGGAAGUCGAGCUUUCCGUCGACGAGUGGAUGGCCGCCGUCCAUUUCGUCAACUCGAUCGGCCAGAUCUCCACCCCGCAGCGGAAUGAGGCCCACCGUGUCUCUGAUAUUCUCGGUCUCGAGUCGCUCGUUGACGAGAUCGCCAACAAGAUCGUGGCCGAUGGCGACCUCGACCCCACGUCCUCCUCCAUUCUCGGACCCUUCUGGUCCCCCAACGCCCCCUUCCGCGAGCUCGGCGACACCAUCAUCCAGAACCCCUGCGAGGGCGGCCGCGUCUGCAAGAUGUUCGGCACCAUCACCGACCUGACCACCGGCAAGGGUAUCCCCAACGCCGUCUUCGACAUCUGGCAGGCCUCCGCCAACGGCAAAUACGACUUCCAGGACCCGGACAACCAGACGCCCAACAACCUCCGUGGCAAGUUCCGCGCCGACGAGCAGGGCCGCUACUACUUCUACUGCUACCACCCUACCGCCUACAGCCUGCCGAGGGACGGUCCCAGCUGGAAGCUUCUCAACCUCAUGGACCGCCACCCCAUGCGCCCUGCCCACAUCCACAUUAUGGUCACCCACCCCGAGUACAAGGGCUGCACCACGCAGCUGUAUCCCAAGGAUGACCCCUGGCUGGAGACUGACACCGUCUUCGCCGUCAAGAACGAUCUGCUCUGCGACUUCAAACCCCUGGAGAACGACCCCAAGGCCGAGCUGCAGCUCGAGUACAACGUCUUCCUCGCGCCCAAGGACUACAAGGGCAUCUUCGCCAACGCCAAGGGGAAGCUGUAGAUUUAGGAUUGGAAAAAAAGGUGAAGGAGCAGCGACGAUAGUGGAUGGGCGAUUUUUUCGUUUUUAUUUUUACAUUUCUCUAUUCCAUCAGGGUGGGAGGAUGAUGUGAGUGCUUUUAUGCGUCACGACGUGAUACCUGUACCGGCUCCAUUUCUCUGUUAUAUAUAUUUUGCAUAUACACUACUAUCUAGAGCGCUUUAAAACUCCGGCUUAGGGGGUUGGAUAUCUUCAAACGACCAUUAUAUCGGGGGAAUCUAGUCGUUACACCUAAACCUACACUUACAUGCACAUUUCUCAGUGAUUGCCUUAUUUUGGGAUAAUCAAGGGCUUUCAUCAUGUCCGUCGUUUUGCGGCCAGCUUGUAAUUAGU